GAAUUGUAUAUAUUUAGAGCUUGGCUUCGUUCAUAGUUCAUACUAGUACUCUCCCACCCAGCUAAAGCCUAUAUUUAUCAAAUCCCAGAGUGCAAGAAGGAUUUGUUUGUAGCAGAAUCUAUGGCGAGUCGUUGUGUUGCCUCCGCUUUGUCACUUCCUCUUCACAGCUUCGCCGCCAGAAUUUCCAUCGCAUCUCUGGGUUGGCUCUCUUGCUCACCCAAGACCCGCCCCGAGCCACUCUCCAUUACCAGAAGUUUCAGCGUCGUCGCACUUUCCACCUCAAGAAAACCUCUCGCAAAAUCACUAAAGGUGAGAUCGGUGGCUACUCCUGCAGAAGGUGUUGCUGUCUUCGAUGACAUGGUUUCUGGGACUGAGAGAAAGUAUUACAUGCUUGGUGGCAAGGGAGGUGUAGGGAAGACAAGUUGUGCUGCCUCACUUGCAGUAAAAUUUGCUAACAGUGGGCACCCCACUCUUGUGGUUUCCACUGAUCCUGCACAUUCCUUGAGUGAUUCCUUUGCACAGUUAGCAUGCAUCUAUUAUUUUACCCAGGACUUGGCUGGUGGAACAUUGGUACCAGUUGAAGGUCCCGAUGCCCCGUUGUUUGCUCUUGAGAUAAACCCUGAAAAUGCUAGGGAAGAGUUCCGCAGUGCAGCUCAGAGAAAUGGUGGAACUGGGGUAAAAGAUUUCAUGGAUGGUAUGGGCCUUGGAAUGCUUGCAGAACAGUUAGGAGAGUUAAAACUAGGAGAGCUACUAGACACACCACCUCCUGGUUUGGAUGAAGCUAUUGCAAUAUCCAAGGUGAUGCAAUUUCUGGAAUCACAAGAAUAUGGCAUGUUUACUCGUAUAGUAUUUGAUACUGCACCCACGGGUCACACUUUGCGACUUUUGUCCUUGCCAGACUUCCUGGAUGCAUCUAUAGGCAAGAUAUUGAAGCUUAAACAGAAAAUAGCAUCGGCCACCUCAGCCAUCAAAUCUGUUUUUGGGCAAGAAGAAACCCGGCAGGAUACAGCUGACAAAUUAGAGCGUCUGCGGGAGAGGAUGAUAAAAGUGCGGGAGCUUUUUCGUGACACAGAUUCAACCGAGUUUGUCAUCGUAACAAUCCCCACGGUAAUGGCGGUUAGUGAGUCGUCUAGGUUGCAUGCCUCUUUGAAGAAGGAGAAUGUUCCUGUAAAGAGGCUUAUUGUUAAUCAGAUUCUUCCUCCGUCUACCUCAGACUGCAAAUUCUGUGCUAUGAAAAGGAAGGAUCAGAUGCGUGCUCUUGAUAUAAUUCAAGGUGAUCCAGAACUCUCCCACUUGACUUUGAUCCAGGCACCUCUGGUUGAUAUGGAGAUUAGAGGUGUUCCAGCUCUCAGAUUUUUGGGAGAUAUUAUUUGGAAGUGACCAUAUAAACAAUUUAGGUAACCUUUUCUCUGAUCUUUUUGGUAGCUUUUCAUAUCGGAGAACCAACUUAUGAUCUUAUCCUUUUGGAUUGAGGAGAACCACAUUUCAGUGAACUGAAACUUGGGAUGCUUCUUCCCCCGCAGGGAAACUGAACCACUGGGGGAUACUUAUGGCCAGCUGCAAUGCCAAGCACGGUUUAUCACUUGGUAAGUUCAUGAGUCAAGUAUCUAAGCUCAGUGUAAUGCCCCAAAUUUUGAGUUUUGAGAUGCUUGAAAACCGGGUGCUUCGCUGCCCCGAGUAUAGUUUUGGGUGGGUCCCACAAUUCUUCUUGGGCCCCAAAUCUUUGUUAUAUUUUUA